AAAAGAGAAUAUCCCAAAAUUAUCUCUGCUGUCACAUUUCAUCUCAGGCAGGGUAGUUCGACACAAUGAGGUUCAUAUUCUCAUUGCACGUGUGUCUACUGUUGCUGCUUAAUGCAUGUAAAAUAAUACAUGGACAAUCAUCAGUUUCUUUCAGCAGCAUGAGUGAUGAUCCCUGUUACAACUAUGAGGCUUUGGAUCGUCCAUGGAGAUCAACGACUGAAAGUGGAUUGUGGAUUUGUGAUAAUGAUUUCUCCUGGAGUGGCUGGUACCGGCUUUUCCAUUAUGGGAUGAACAUCCAAAUGCCAGAAAGUUGUAUUAAUCCUUACAGCUGUAAUGCAGAAUUUGGUCUGUGGCUCAACGGUUCUCACCCUCAUAUAGAAGAUGGGGUGGUGAUGCGGGAGGUCUGUGGGGCAACUUCUUGGGGUGGUAACUGCUGUGAUUUAAAGUCAGAACCCGUCAAAUUAAAGGCUUGCCCAGGAAAUUAUUAUGUCUAUGAACUCUUGAAUCCACUCAACGCUUUUCAAUACUGGUGUGCAGGAUACUGCACAGAUGUCAGCAGUAUUUCGAAGACAGCUUCCACAACAACUACAGCUCUGAUUCUUGGAUCCAGCUUCACUUAGGUUUAGCCAG